AGCUUAUUAACGAUUCGGCCUUCGUCAAGGCCAAACGAGAAGGUGAAUUCUUUCAAUAAUAUAUAUAUAUUUACAUAUUUAUAUCGAUUUGAUAAGAUUUCAAAAAUAAUACUGCUAUAGCUUUAGUAUACACUGCGCGGUAUAUCAAAUCUUCGACAUAGGAUUUGGUAGUUAGCUUACAAAAGGCUUUUCGCGGUUUCUUUGGUUUCAUUUUAUAUAUAAUAUUGACUUAAAAAGUUUAGAUCCUGUGAUAAAUUCACACAGUAUUUAUUAACGAUAUUGCUUGGCUGUCAUUAUGGUCUUUUCCAAGUAUAAAGAAUUCGUAGAGGACGGUGAUCUUGUGGUCGCAUGGAUAGGGAGAAACAAAUUGCUUCCAUUGAAAAUUGAGGAUGGACAAACUUUUCACAACCAGUAUGGUGCUUUUCCUCAUUCCGAAAUGAUUGGGAAACGAUAUGGUCAACAAAUAAGUUCCUCUGCUAAACAAGGAUUUAUUUACCUUCUUCAACCAACUCCGGAACUUUGGACAUUAGCUCUCCCUCAUCGUACACAGAUUGUUUAUACUCCCGAUAUAUCUAUCAUUUUUGAAAAACUUCGCAUUGUCCACGGAACAAGAGUUAUUGAGGCCGGAACAGGAAGCGCGAGUAUGUCUCACGCAUUAUCAAGAACCGUUGGACCAUCAGGAAAGCUUUAUAGUUAUGAAUACCAUGCUUCCAGAUACGAGACGGCUCUGCAAGAAUUCCGAGAUCACAACAUGUUGGAUGAAGUAAAUGGAAACACUCGUCUCACACAUAGAGACGUAUGCAAGGAUGGGUUUGAAAUUGCGGAAUCUUCAUUAGAAGUGGAUGCGAUCUUUUUGGAUCUUCCAGCCCCUUGGGAGGCGAUUCCUCAUUUGAUUAAACAUGUUAAUCGUAAUGGAAGUACGCGCAUCUGCUGUUUUUCUCCUUGCAUGGAACAAAUUCAACGCUCCGCAACUGCAUUACAAGCUUCUGGUUGGUGCGAUAUUGAGAUGUUGGAGGUCUCUUAUAAGCAAUGGGCUGCCAGGAAAACUAGAGUAAUUCGUGUCGACGAUUCAAUCGAAAGAUUAAAGGAAGUGAAACGUCAUCGAACGGAAGGUUUUGAGAGAAGAAAAGAAAGACAACGUUUGGAAAAAGAACUUGCUGAAUCCGCAGAGAACGGCGAGGAGACUACUGAUUCACCGAUUUCAGUACCUUCAGAACCGCCAUCAAAGGCUCCUGCUACCACUGAAAGGAAUCAUAAACGUAUACGUGAAGGUGAUGAAGAUUAUGAAUGGACCGAUGUUGCGCGUAUUGACUCAAAUUUAAAAAAUCAUACAAGCUACCUUUUGUUUGCUGUCCACCUUCCUUCACAGCUCGACAAUGAAAGUGAGUCUACAGAAUAGAAACUCACUAUAGAUCACCAACAUUCAGAUAAAACUAUGGCAUUAUUAUUUUUGGGGUAUAUAGGAAACAAUAAAUAUACUGAUAACUUCAAUUUUCUAAGUCGUAUUGAUUACCAUCAUU